CCUCAGACUCAGAAGGAACCCACCAUGGUGCUGUCUCCCGCCGAUAAGACCAACAUCAAGUCCACUUGGGAUAAGAUUGGUGGCCACGCUGGCGACUACGGCGGAGAGGCGCUGGACAGGACCUUCCAGUCCUUCCCCACCACCAAGACCUACUUCCCGCACUUCGACCUGAGCCCCGGCUCCGCCCAGGUCAAGGCCCACGGCAAGAAGGUGGCUGAUGCGCUGACCACCGCCGUGGCCCACCUGGACGACCUGCCCAGUGCCCUGUCCGCCCUCAGCGACCUGCACGCCUACAAGCUGCGCGUGGACCCCGUCAACUUCAAGCUCCUGAGCCACUGCCUGCUGGUGACCCUGGCCUGCCACCACCCCACCGAAUUCACCCCUGCCGUCCACGCCUCCCUGGACAAGUUCUUCGCCGCCGUGAGCACCGUGCUGACCUCCAAGUACCGUUAAGCUGCAGCCAUGGCGGCGGGAGCCCCUGCCCUGGGCCCCUGGGUGGCCUCCUGCAACCGUGCCCUACACUUCCUGAUGUUUGAAUAAAGUCUGAGUGGGCUGC